ACAAGUAUCAGAACUAAUUUACGAACCCAGUCGUGAGUUUCACAAGUUCACUCGGAUGUCAAGAGAGGAUUUUGAAGAUUUACUCUCUAAAGUUAACCCAUUUAUUAUGAAAAAAGAUAUCCAGUUACGUGAAGCUGUUCCUGCUAAAAUACGUUUGGCUCUCACGCUGCGCUUCUUGGCUUCAGGAGACAGUUACGAAAGCCUACAUUUUCUUUUUAAAAUUUCACCUCAAUUGAUUUCUCAAAUUGUACCGGAAGUAUAUGAGGCUUUGAAUAAAGUCUUAAAGGAUGAGAUAAAGAUACCAUCAUCAAAAGAAGAAUGGAUUGAAAUAGAAAAAGGCUACAAAAAUAAAUUUCCCCGAUGCAUUGGAUCAUUACACGUAAAGCAUGUUGUUAUAGAAUGCCCUGCCAAUUCAGGAUCGGAAUAUUACAAUUACAAAAAAGAUUUUAGUAUUGUUCUCCUCGCCUUAGUAGAUUGUAAUUAUAAUUUCAUUUUUGCUGACAUAGGAAGCAAUGGUCGAAUGAGUGAUGGAGGUAUUUUUCGGGACACUAAAUUAUGGAACAAAAUUGCAACAGAAGCACUCAAUUUACCUGAUCCCCAUCCAUUACCAGGUUCUGACAAAUAUAUACCCUACGUAUUACUAGCAGACAGUGCAUUUGCAUUUCACAAAAAUGUCAUGAAACCGUACCCUGGAAUACAUAAUAUUGGAAAUCCGAAGCGUAUAUUUAAUGACAAAUUAUCAAGAUCACGAGUGAUUGUUGAAAAUACGUUCGGAGUACUUUGUACAAAAUUUAGAAUUUUUUGGAAAGCCAUUUGUGCUGUGUCCCGAAAAAGUUACACUUAUUACUUUGACCUGUAUACUAUUGCACAACUACCUAAGAAAAAGUAAAACCUCGUCUCAAAUUUAUACACCUCCAGGUACCAUAGACAUAUACGACAAUAACAACAUGCUAGUUCAAUCAUCAGGAUCAGGAUCAUGGAGAAAUGAAAUCGAAGAAAACGGCGCUCAUCGUAAUUUACCAAGAGUAGCGCGUCGGUCAGCAUUGGACGCAAUAGAAGUUAGGGAAGAGUUUACAAAAUAUUUUUGUAGGUAACUUCUGUAAUUUAAUUGAAGUUUAUCAAUAUGUCCAAAAUCAUUAUUUUAU